AACAAAGCGAAGGCAAAAUCGCUUUAAAGGUACGGUCACUCUACUUCGCCGCAUUUUUCUCCAUUUAAUUAUCUGUACGGGGUGAUGUUUACCGUCCUCUUUGCAUAAGCCUGUCACGUGAUAACAUCUGAGCCAAUGGCGGCGCGACCUCGGCGCUCUUGUGCGCGUCAGAGCGGCAUUACUCUCUGGGAACCAGUAUCUCCUUUUCUCAGUCUGUGCUUUUUAAAAAAGAGCCAGAAGCUUCAAUGUUGGAUGCCGUGCUAUGACAACGUCACUGCUCCUCCGUCCUCGCUGGGUCGACCCGUCGGUGAUGUUCCUCUACGACAACGGCGGAGGUUCCGAUGAAGUCAAGAACAUGGAGGGUUUUGCUGGGGGCAACUUCGCUGCGAACCAGUGCAGGAAUCUGAUGGCGCACCCCGCGUCCCUGGCACCCAGCACGGCUUAUUCGGCAAGUGACGUUCCCACCUCCGGCAUAGGCGAUCCGGUGAAACAGUGCAGUCCGUGCUCUGCAGCUCAGAAUUCCUCCAGCGCGUCCCUGCCGUACGGGUACUUCGGCAGCGGCUAUUAUCCGUGCAGAAUGUCGCAUCACAGCAGCAUUAAGUCGUGCGGGGCGCAGCCCCCCUCCGCGUACGGAGAGAAAUACAUGGACACGUCCGCCUCGAGCGACGACUUCACUUCCCGGGCGAAGGAAUUUGCUUUUUACCCGACAUACUCUGCCGGUCCCUACCAACCUGUCCCCAGCUAUCUAGACGUUCCCGUCGUGCCGACUCUCGGUCAGUCAGAGGCCAGACACGAGUCCCUGCUACCUAUGGAGACCUACCAACCGUGGACGCUCACCCCCAAUGGCUGGAACGGCCAGGUUUACUGCGCCAAGGAGCAGCCACAGCCCGGCCACAUGUGGAAGUCCUCCAUACAAGACGCGGUGUCGCAAAGCGGUGGAGAAUCUGGAUCUUAUCGACGCGGACGAAAGAAGCGCGUGCCAUACACCAAGGUGCAACUGAAGGAACUCGAGCGCGAGUACAACGCCAAUAAAUUUAUCACCAAGGACAAGCGGAGGCGGAUUUCUGCCCAGACCAACCUGUCCGAGCGACAGGUCACGAUAUGGUUUCAGAACAGACGAGUAAAGGAGAAGAAAGUUGUCCACAAAUUGAAACCCAUCAGCUAGUUAUUUUCAUUUUUGUUUCGGACUAUAGGCUGCAUAAUGGGAGACGCACUCCACCCACACACACGCGCGCACGCACGCACACCCAACACGCGCGCACACAUGUUUCUGUGCCCGCGUUUGAACUCAUGGAUUGGAAAACGGCAAAACGUCUUUGUGACUGAACGUGUUUUAUUUGUACUGUGCAUGAUGAUUCUUCUGGAACGCACCGUCGGAGGCCUGUGAAUCCAGUGGACCCUCCGGACACUUGUUGUUUAAAUUACAUUUCCUUUAAGAAGUGAAGUGGAGAGAAAAAGAGAAAAAAUAUAACCGCAGUUUUUUUUUUUAAUUCAUAUUUCUUCUUCUUUUUUCCCGCAUCCUCACUCAACGCAGGAAAACUAACCCCAGUUCAGAGGUGCGCGCCACCGAGCUACGCCUUCAUCAGUAUCUUUAUCGACGGUGAUAAAAAAAUCCAACAAAAAAAAAAAAGAAGAUUCACAGGAAGUAAUGGUGCUAGGCAUUUGGACCUUGAAAAUGUUAAAUAUUAAUCUCCCCUGGCUUCAUUUUUAAAACCUAACUCACAUGCGUAGCUUGUAUGAAGUUUAGUCUUAUCAUGUGAACCCGUGCUUUCAUCCAUCUGCAGUUCGCUUAGAUAAUCGUUCGGGUUAUGUGAUAAUGUCAAUCAUAGCUUUAUAUAACGUGUGCGUGUUCAUGUGGUUGUACAUAAAGUAAAUUCCGGCUUGUUAUGCAGGUUAUUUGAGUGUGAGUCCAGUAUGUUGGUGUUAAAGUCCGUCCCAAUAAAAUAUGGACUUUGUUAAACUGUAUCCAGUUAUGUUGAACUUGGGUCCCUUUCAUGGUAUGUCACGAUGAUGGAUCAUAUUAUAGUUAUAUUUAAUCUUUUUGGCAAAUUUACUCCUCCAUUAUCGCCGCACUUUUAAAUAAAGUUUUAAGGCCCACACUUCUGCUGCUUCUGACAACUAUGGUAUGAAUAGUAUCUCGUGGCUUCUUUUCAGGGGUUGUAGCAGCUGUCUUUGUACAGGAGAAGGCUACAUAAGGGAAAUAUCUGAUUUUGACAGUGCAACAUUUGCAAUGUCUGGGUCUGUCUCUGGGAAAAGAGGAAAUUGGUCAGUUGAGGCUAGUUUGUACUGAAACAUAGGCUGACAUUGCCAUCUAGUGGCGACUUUUCUGUUCAUACCCAAAGGGAUUAUGAGUAGUUAAAUAGUGCUAUAUAGACUUUACAGAAUAAUGACAAUAAUCUUAACGAUGAUUAUUGUAUUGACAAUAAAUAUUUCAUUUAAAUACAUGACAAUUAGCUAAAUAUUUUGUCUUUGCUUGAUACUGAAAAGUAAAUAAACCAACGCAGAUGUGAUAUAUGUUUAUUAUUUAAAUAAUAAACAUAUCGUUCUAUUAAACAUAAAACAUAAUUCACUCAUUUGCAGUGACGGUAAAAUUACAAAUAAUAAUUAAAAAAUUCAAAUGUUUGCACGGACAUAUCAUAUUGAAGGGUAAUGAGGGGGACUUGUUUAUUUUCUUUCUCCAAAUGUCUUUAUGUGUUUUUGUUACAAGUUUAGAUAAACAUCGAUAGAGUUUGAAGGUUCUUUUUGAAUGCUAGUCACCCUUUAAAUAAAUUCCUUUGAUGUUAA